GUAAAUUUUUAUUACAAAGUUAAGUUUCUUUACAGGUAUUACCUAUCAACAAAUAUGCAUAGCAACACUGAUUGGGAUUCUGUUACUUACUUGCGGAAGCCAAAACCCAAACCCGGGGCGGCAAAAUCAAACCAGGCGGUGAAUGCUGCCAUGAGAAAAGGGGAAGAUGUAGAAACGAGACAAAAAUUUGCGGCUGGAACGAACAAAAAAGCGGCUACGAGCAAAAACACUGCAAAGCUAGACCGAGAAACGGAAGAACUUCAUCACGAAACAGUGUCUCUUUCUGUUGGUCGCUUGAUCCAAAAGGGACGCCAACAAAAGGGCCUCACGCAGAAGGAGCUAGCGACGAAGAUAAAUGAAAAGCCGCAGAUAAUCAAUGAAUAUGAGUCAGGCAAAGCAAUUCCAAACAACCAAAUCUUGGGGAAAAUUGAGCGGGCGAUCGGUAUAAAACUUCGUGGCAAAGAUAAAGGGCUGCCCCUGCAGGCUCCUGGUAAAAAGUAGUUCAACUGGAAUUUUAAAGCAUGUGUUAUGAAGUACAGUCAAUAGAACAGAGAGAGAUAUCAAUUAAAAACCAGUUUUUAGGUUCUUAAUCGCAAUUGUACCAAAAUGCCAAAUCCUAACUAACUUUCCAGCUGCAUUUGCUCUAACUAAGCUUGCUGUUAAAGUGUUUCUGCUUUUCAAUAAUUCAUUGUUGUAACAUAAGGGGUGCCUUUAAGUUUGUUUUGUAGCAAGUACUUGUGUGUUGUGUUUAAGGGUUUGUGUUCAUUCAUGCUAGCUGCUAGAGAACAACCUAUUUCAGGAAUAUGCAACAAAAUGUCAGUUAAAAUGCAGAUAAUGCUAUCUAGUGAAUAAUGUAUUUACUGUGAGUUAUUUAAGUUGCAAGUCUUAUCAUUUUCAUACAACUAAAAAAUCAUAAACUCCCGAAUUUUUAUUUGGUGAGAAACUUAUAAAUUUGUACCAAUGGUCAAGUCAUACACAUAUGUGUGUUUAUUAUAUAAUAUGUUCUACUGUAGCUGCAUAUUGAUUGUAAUAUUGAUUUGCGCAUUUAAAAAGCCAACUAAUAAGGAUUUGUUUGUGUUCAUUACCCAUCCAAUAUAGUAAUGUAAAUUUUACAAGGUAAUACUAGUACUACACCAGAAUCAAAACUACCAAUGCUAUUUUGCUGUGCUCACAUCAUAACAUGACACUAUGCUGUAUAUAACAUCCCAGUUUCUGUUUCAG